AUGCACCGGAGCGAGCAGUGGCGGGGACAAUGGUGGCGGAGGGGUGGGAACGGCCGCGUGGAGAUGUCCCUCCCGCCAAAUCUCGCUGCGGAUAGGGGUCGAGCUCGGGUCGACCUCCCGCCCUGUGAAUCUAAAGGUUGCGGGAGAUCUUUUGCCGCGCUCCGCAAAAUAUUUAACGGGUCGGCCGCGUUCGCGGGGUCUGUUCGGGCGGGAUUUUCCGCGGCAACCCGCAUUUUGACGACGGAGGGUCGCUCACCGUUCGUGGCCAAGACGUACCAGCUGGUGAGCGACCCUAGGACGGACGCGCUCGUUAGGUGGGGGAGGGACAACAACAGCUUCCUCGUCACCGACGUCGCCGGCUUCUCGGAGCUCCUCCUCCCAUGCUUCUUCAAGCACGGCAACUUCUCCAGCUUCGUCCGCCAGCUCAACUCUUACGGCUUCCGGAAGGUGCACCCGGACCGAUGGGAGUUCGCGCACGAGUCAUUCCUUCGCGGCCAGACGCACCUUCUGCCGCGCAUCGUGCGCCGCAAGAAGAAGCGCGGCGAGACCUCUUGCUCGUCUCUAGUCGGCGGCGGCGAGCAGCAUGUGAUGGCCAAUAUAGGAGAGGAAGUGGAGGAGGGAGAGGACGACGAGGGGAGGGAGGCGCUGCUCGAGGAGGUUCGGAGGCUGCGGCAGGAGCAAACGGCUAUUGGGGAGCAGCUGGCGCGGAUGAGCCGGCGACUGCAGGCGACGAAGCGGCUGAGUGACCGGCUCAUGCCCUUCCUCGCCCGGCUCGACGAGGAUCCCAACGCCACCUCCCUCCACCUGCUCCAACAGGCAGCCGAGAAGAAGCUGCAGCGCAUGAAGUUGCCUUCCCGUGAUUUUGCUUCCUUUCCCAUUGCACCCCCGCUUCACCUGGCGCCUUCACCGCUAUUGGCUCUCGGCGACGAAGCCAUGUGCGGCGCCAGAGUCGGGCAAUGGGCGGAGCCGAUGCCACUGAAACUCCCAACCUUGGAGGAGCCCUCCACGAGCUCCGGGGUGCAGCAGGUGCCGGAGUUCGAGGGCGGCGGCAGGGACAGCGGCAGCGGCACGGGCAUAACUGACAGUGGGACCGCAGUGGAGAUCCCCUUCCCGUUCUGCCUACUUGGCCAGUGUUUCUUCUAA